AUGGCCGAUGAUCAGCGUGAGACUGCUACCUCACAACCUCCAACGCCUGUUACUGACAGCAAAGAGCGAGAUUCAGGCCGUGGAGAAGGCCGUAGACGAAGCAGAUCGCCGCCUCGCAGAGACCGGGAAAGACGAGAAGAUCGACCUCGGCGCAAAGACGCAGGGUUCAAAUGGAAAGAAAAGCGUCGCGAUGACGAUGACAACCGACGAGACCGUGAUUUAGGUUUACAACGGGGCUACCGAGACCACUACCGCCCUCGAUCCAGAUCAAGAUCCAGGUCACCACCCCCUCGACGGUCAUCGCCGAGAAGGGAAGAACGAGACCGCUAUAGAGAUAAUGACCGCAAAGAGCGACCAGGCGAGGACAGGGACAAUAGGGACAAGAGGGAGAGGAAAGAAAAGAAGGAGAAGAAGCCUGCAGCUGCAGCACCUACACAGCCAAUGAUCAUAGUGUAUGUGAAUGACCGGCUGGGAACCAAAAAGGCAAUACCGUGCUAUCCGACUGAUCCCAUAAAGGACUUCAAAGUCAUUGUCGCAUCGAUGAUUGGACGACAGCCUCAUGAGAUCCUCCUCAAAAGACAAGGCGAGCGUCCUUUCAAAGACCAAUUGACGCUACAAGACUACGGAGUAAGCAACAAUGUGCAGUUGGAUCUGGAGGUUGAUACGGGCGACUGA